AUGCCACGCCUUCGACCCUCCCGACGGUUGUUCCUCAUACUUUGUCUUUUCCUCCUCCUAGCCGCAAUCACCUCAAACAUCGCAAUAUUUUGGGGUCUGACAAUCGACGACCUUCGAGGGCAUCUGGGAGAGUUGAAGGACUGGAAAUACGCACUGGGUGACAUCAGGAUACCGGGGCGGAAAAAGAAGCCAUGGCACUCAGGGGAAGCUAUCGACGACCCUCUCGAACCUGUGGACAAUCACCCUAUCGUCACUUUGAUGCAGAAUGCAGACAAAGAAUUUCGGUUCUAUGAAGAAAACAGGUCAAAGUCUUUCAAGGAGACUGUACGAAAAUACAGAACGCGUUAUGGUCGACACCCUCCGCCAGGUUUCAAGGAGUGGUAUUUGUUCGCGCGGAAGAGGAAAGCGCACAAUAUCGAUGACUUUGAGCAAGUCAUGGAUGAUCUGCGACCGUUCUGGGCCAUCGAACCUGCGGUCAUUCGCGAUUUGGCCGGCAAUAUGUGGAGGGAUAAAGACCAGGGAGUUUCCGGAAUCCACAUUCGAAAUCAUAAGAUAGCAAAGGAGACGAACGGCGGCUGGAGAUCUGAAGCUCUUGUAACCCUAGUUGAAAAGAUUGCCAAAUACCUACCAGAUAUGGACAUUGCCAUGAACAGAUUGGACCAGCCUCGAGUUGUGGUACCUUGGGAGGAUAUGCAGGCUCUACUAGAGAAAGAGCUACAAAGUCGACGCACGCCACCCGAGUCCGUCUACGAGUUCUCGAAAAACCUGGAUGGGCUCGCCAAUUUGACUUCGGAGGAGACUUCUCAGAGUGCUGAAAAUCCCGAGUGGUUCCCGUGGCACGGAAAGCAGUAUAUGGAGGUAGCCAGCACUGCAUGCCCGCCAGAGUCUCCUGCAAGAAAGCCUGAUGCCAGUAUCGAAGACGCUGACGAACGAUACAAGACACGCUUGGGUGGCAUGGUAUCCAAUUUCAAUCGCAGCUCAGACUUGUGUACCGUGGGUCCGACAUUAAAAGACAAGCAUGGCCUCUUGUUCUCCAGCUCGACCAUGAUUCCGACUAAACGACUUGUGCCUAUCUUUGGUGAGUGCAAGGUCAAUGUCAACAGCGACAUCCUCUUUCCCGCAAACAUGUAUUGGCUGCAUGACAAGCGAUAUGAUUAUGACGGAAAGCAUGACAUAGAUUGGGAAGAUAAGAGAGACAGCAUGAUAUGGCGAGGUGUCAGCUCGGGCGGUGUACAGAAUCCCGAGAAUUGGAGAGAGAUGCACCGUCAAAGGUUGGUCAUGUCGGUCAACAGCACCCUGCUGGCCGGGAAGGAAGUUCGAAUUUUGACCGAACAGCCCGAAAAAAGGGGCGAGUACGAGAACUACCGCGACUUUCAUCCAUCGACAUUCGCGGCCGGGCACACUGACGUAGGGUUCACGGAGACAUGGGGCUGCGUUCCUGACGGCUGCCCGUUCUACGCGGACAUAUUCUCCCUCAAGGGUAUGAUGGAUCUGGGCGAACAAUUCAAGAACAAGCUAUUAGUGGACGUUGAUGGGCAUUCAUUUUCCGGUAGAUGGCAUUCUUUCCUGGAGAGCAAAGCUCUGGGCAUCAAGUCGACAAUCUUUCGCGAAUGGCAUGAUUCGAGACUCUUCGCUUGGCACCAUUUUGUUCCCAUGGAUAAUCGAUAUGACGACGUCUGGACUUUGCUUACCUACUUCUUAGGCGUAGGUACCCCACCGGAAAAGAGGACACCCGCCGAUGUGGGAGAGAAUGAUAAGGUCUAUGUUGCACGACAUGAUACUGAAGGGAAGAAAAUCGCGGACCAAGGCAGACUAUGGGCGAAAACAGUAUUGAGAAGAGAGGACAUCGAGAUAUACAUGUUCCGCCUCCUCUUGGAGUACGGCCGCAUUAUUGAUGACAACCGGGAUCGCAUUGGAUAUUCUGGGGAUGGAAGCGAGCUGGAUAAGUACGAUGGGGUGACAUCGAUCGAUGAAAUCGCUCACUGA